GGACCGCGCUGCAGCGGCUCAUCCUGGGCCAUGCCUCUGCUCUGGGCUCUGCUGGUCCUCGGCUGUCUGCAAUGUGGAUGGACUGUGAACCUCCAGCCCCAACUGGCCAGCGUGACCUUUGCCACCAACAACCCCACCCUCACCACUGUGGCCUUGGAGAAGCCUCUGUGCAUGUUUGAUAGCUCAGAGCCGCUCAACGGCACCUACGAGGUCUACCUUUAUGCUAUGGUUGAUUCAGCCAACUCCAGGAAUGCAUCUGUGCAGGAUGGUGCGGGGAUCCCCUUGAGCUCCACCUUCAGGCAAACUCAGGGCGGAAGUACAGGCCCCUACAAGGCUGCAGCCUUCGACCUGACCCCUUGCAGUGACCUGCCCAGCCUGGAUGCCGUCGGAGAUGUGACCCAGGCUUCAGAGAUCCUGAACGCAUACCUGGUCAGGGUGGGCAGCAAUCGGACCUGUCUAUGGGACCCCAACUUCCAGGGCCUCUGCAACCCACCCCUGUCAGCAGCCACAGAGUACAGGUUCAAAUAUGUCCUGGUUAACAUGUCCACAGGCUUGGUGCAAGAGCAGACCCUAUGGUCAGAUCCCAUCCGUACCAACCAGCCCAUCCCCUACUCAACCAUCGACACAUGGCCAGGCCGUCGGAGCGGAGGCAUGAUCGUCAUCACCUCCAUCCUGGGCUCCCUGCCCUUCUUCCUGCUUGUGGGCUUUGCGGGGGCCAUCGUCCUCAGCUUUGUGGAUACAGGAAACUCUGAUGGGGAAACAACGCAUGAUUCUCAGAUCACACAGGAGGCUGUCCCCAAGACCCUGGAGACCUUUGAGUCUUCCUACACAUCUGUGAACCGGGGGCCAUCCCUGGACAGAGCUGAGGUGUUCUCUAGCAAGCUCCAGGACUAAGACAAGGCCCAACCUAGGGCCAUUCCCUCCUCCAUGCCAGCCUGGCCCUGGGGUCUGCAGACAUGGAUGUUUAUAUCCGAACCAGACCAAAGGUGAAGCA